CUAAUUAGCGUUUCGCGUCCGCCAUUGAGCAUGUUGAGGCAGCUGAAGUGCUAAAGAAGACCACAGAAGAAAUCAUGUCUUCAGAGCCUGAACAACUUCGGAAAAUCUUCGUCGGUGGCCUAAACCGUCGUACAACUGAAGAAACUUUAAAGGAGUAUUUUUCAUCAUGGGGAAAUAUCGUAGACUGUGUUAUAAUGCGCGAGGGAAAAAACGGCCCCUCGCGUGGCUUUGGAUUUGUGACAUUCGACAACGCUAAAGCUGUGGACGAUUGCUUAAAAGUUAAACACCACGAGAUUGAUAACUGGGAAAUCGAACCAAAGCGAUCGGUUCCCAAAGGAGAAGCUCAGUCCAGAACACGCAAGAUUUUUGUUGGUGGACUAGCAAGCACAGCUACAGAAGAAGAUGUGGAAGAAUACUUCACAGGGUUGUGCACGAAAUUUGGUCAGGGUAAGGUGUUGGAUGUGGAUCUGAAGAGAGACAAAGAAAACCCGAACCGCCUUCGUGGUUUUGCCUUUGUCACGUUCGACUCUGAAGAAGUGGUAGAUAGCGUAUGUUCGAUCAGCUUUCAUCAAAUAAAACUCAAGCAGUGUGAAGUGAAGAAAGCUGAAUCUCAAGCCACAAUGAGGAAGAAGGAAGAACAAGAGAUGAUCGCCUCUGGUGGGUCUCGCCGCUCUAAGAAUUCAGAAGAGAAUACGCCUAAUUUUGGAGCAAGUUUUCCUGGCUGGGGUCCAAAUGUCAGUUUUGGUGGAAUGAAUGCUGGAUUUGGAGGUUCAGGAGGAAGAGGAAACUUUGGCGGUGGCAGUGGCAGCAGUGGUUUUGGAGGGGGUGGUAUGGCUGGUGCCGGUGGUAUGGGUGGCUUUGGAGGUGGUAACUUCAACAAUCCAGCAGCAGCAGCUGCACUCAUGGCAGGUGGGUUCAACCCAGCGGCUUUUGCUGGAUUUGGCCCAGGAGGAAUGGGCAACUUUGGUCCCGGUUUUGGGUUCAAUGGCAUGGGUUUUGGUGGGUUUGGUCCUGGUUUCUUUGGCUUUGGAGGGUUUGGCCCUGGUGGAUUUGGUGGAGGAGGUAGUGGUGGAGGUAGCGGCAGUGGUAGUUCUGGAGGAGCAAGUGGAUAUGGUGCCGCAGGAGGUGGUGGUUAUGGCAGAGGUCCUCCUUCUGGGCGUGGUCUUUCCCAUAAUAACUCCAGUGGUUAUGACAAAGAUAGUUAUAGUGAGCUUCCAGGUUACGGAAUGGGAGACAUGAAGGGUGCUACCGCUGUUGAGCGUAAUCCUCCUUCAGUGCUUCCUGGUGCAAGUAGUACUGGCAGCUCUGGCGGUGCAUAUGAAGGUUUAAGCAAUCCAAUGGCUGCCCCCUAUGGUGGCUAUCCUGGAUUUGCAGGAGGGUUUGGAGGCUUCCCACCUAUGGGUGACUGGAGUCAGUUUGCUGCUGCAGCUGGUGGAGCGUCAGGUGGAGGGGGUGGAGAAGGCUCUGGUGAUUAUCAGAUUGGUAACUACAGUCAGAUGAGUUCAAAUUAUGGUCCAACCAGCCGUUUGAACAGCCGCAAUAUUUCUGCAGGCGACAAGAGCAACAGAGGGUAUAGGCCCUACUAAGGUAUUGUAGCAGUGAGUAACAGACAGUUCAGCAAGUGAAGUACACACAGUUGAAAUGGCAGAGUAGACAGACAUUCGCAGCCAUGGAAUCUUAUUCAGUUUCCUGUGAGUGUCUAGAGUAUGAAGACUAGAAAAGCUGUGACCCUAGACAUUGAGAUGUAGACAAACAAUAGUAACAGUUUUAAGUCUUUUGAAUUUUAGUAACUCAAUUUUUUAUUAGAUCUUAGUGUGUGGUGUUAGUAAAAUGUAAUCAUCUCAGUAGUCUAAAAUUGCACCUUCUGGAUUAAACAGGAUGGAUAGAUAGAUUUAUUGUCCUCCGGGUUAGAGAUAAAAAAAAUCUGUAAUGGUAAUGUAGCACAGCAGAGUUCAAUUGGAUGUUGCCCAAUUUUCAAGUGCAAAUAUCAAACAAUUGGAGAUUCUACGCAUAUCUCAUAGUCAUCAGUUUAAAAUUUUGGGAGUUGAAUAGGCCAUUUUCGAUAUAUUAAGAUUCCAACAUUGCUCCGAGGCU